AUGGUGCUCUCUUCAAUGCUCUUCCCCGUCAUCUUCUUCUUAACAAUAUUUGAGCCCACCAUAUUCUGCAUGUCAUCAAAUAAUAAUUUCACUUUUAUUGAUUGCAUUCCAAGGGAGAAUAAAGCUCUCCUGUGGUUGAAAGCAAGCCUAUUGGAUAAGUCUAACAGGCUUUCCUCUUGGAAUAACACCAGAUACACAUGUUGUACCUGGCAAGGCAUAAAGUGUGAUAAAGCGACUGGGCAUGUUAUCGAGCUUGAUCUCAAAAAUCGAUUGGAAUAUCUCAAUCUGUCCAAUGCAGGCUUUGGAGGUGUUAUCCCUCAUCAGCUUGGCAACCUCUCAAGCUUGCGUGCACUUGAUCUUGGUGGAUUGCAAUCUUCUCUAAGAGUCGACAAUCUCAUGUGGGCUGGUAAUCUUUCAUUGUUGGAGUCCCUUGAUAUGAGUUAUGUCAACCUUAGCCCAACAAAAAAUCACAUUGCUACGCUACUCAAUACGCUUCCUUCUUUACAAGAGUACAUUUUCCUAUCUAGCAAUGCCUUUGAGGGUACGCUCACGGAGGCCCACUUGGAGAACCUAUUCAAACUAAAGGCCAAUUUCCACAGUGGCUUCAAACAAAAAAAUCUCUCCAAAAAUUUGUAUCUCCUUAACUGUAGCAUUAGAGGCACGCUGCCAAGAUGGCUCAAUUCCAUCACAAAUCUGACUGAUUUACAACUAUCUAACAACCAUAUUGAUGGAUCUAUUCCAAAGCUUCCUUUCAGAAUCCAAUACCUUUUUCUCUCCAAUAAUCUUUUGUCAGGUUACCUUUCAGAAUGUUGGGGAGACUUUCCUUCCUUAACGGUUGUAACAUUGUCAUCUAAUCAGCUUUCGGGGCCUAUUCCAAACUCCAUUGGUGGAGCUUACUCAUUGACAUGGUUGCAGUUGAGUAACAACAGUUUUAUAGGGCAGCUCCCCCCAAAUUUGAAGAAUUGCACCCAGUUAAUGGGUUCGGAUAUUCGAGAUAAUAUGUUGUCAGGAAAAGCUAAGGAACAACAAAUUCUACGGCGACAUUCCAUCCUCUUUUUGUCAAAUGUCAAAACUUCAAAUAACGGAUCUCGCAAACAACCAGUUGACAGGAACCAUCUCACGUUGCUUUGGAAAUUUCUCGAGAAUGGGGUUGGAAAAUACGAUUCGUUCAAUACCUUAAGUGAAGUCUUCAAGGGAGUGGUGCUGGACUUAAAGGGUCUCAAUUUGUCUCAUAAUCAUCUAAGAGGAAAAAUCCCAUCAAUGAUUGGAGAUAUGAUGUCUCUCGAAUCACUUGAUCUUUCCAACAAUUAUUUGUUUGGAACAAUUCCAGAUAGCUUAUCAAAGUUGACAUUUUUGAGUCAUUUGAACUUGUCCAACAACAAUUUGUAUGGGCAUAUCCCGACGGGACCUCAACUCCAAACACUCAACGGAAGUUCGGAUUAUGAGGGAAACCCUGGACUCUGCGGGGCUCCAUUGGCCCAACAAUGUGAAGGUAACAGAACGCCGCCCGAAGAUGAAAAUGGUGGGGAACAUGGUGAUAAUAAAAAUGCAGCUGAUAAGUUAUACCUCUAUGCAUUUAUAGUUAGUGGUUUUGCCACUGGAUUUUGGGGUUACUUUGGAUUUCUGGUCUUCAAAAGAAAUUGGCGGUUGUCUCUGUUCGGGUGGAUGGAUUGUUUGUUGGGAAAAAUGAUGGGGGAUCUGAGAGGGGCCAAAGUCACCGGACUGCAGACGUUCGAUUUUUCCGGCGCCGUUAUUUCCGGUUCAAAUUGGGUUCAUUGCCGGAUUGGAAUCGAUUCGUUGUCAAGUUUUCUGUUGGGAUUGGUUGAAUUAGGGUUUCUGAUUUCCCGAGGGUCGCCGGAUGUGGAAAUAGGGCUUUGGUUUCAUAUGCCCAAAAGUUCGAGGCACAAAUCGCAUAAACGGAGCAAACAUAGUUUGAAGGAUUAUUCUGACUCUGAAGAAGAUGUAGUCAAGAUUGAUGAGAAAAGUAGCAGGGACGAAAGCUCCACGCGGGGCCAUAGGGAAUCAGCAUCUGGUGAGAAGCGUAAAGUCUCAUCUCAUUCGCGUGAAAGCAAGGACGGUAAAGAUCUGAGUGGCCAUGGGAAUGGAGAUGCCGUGGAGGAGUAUGCUUCCUCCAAGCGGAGGAAACAGAAAACGGAUGCUGUUGUUGCUGGCGAUAGGUGGAAUGGGGGUGGAGACGAGAGGGGGGAUAAAAGCGAGAGGAUUGUGGAGAAGGAAAUUCACAAAGGUGAGAGUUUGAAGCUUGAGAAGGAAAUACACAAAUUGAAGGAGAAUAGCAGUAAAGGUGGAAGCUUGAAAACUGACUCGAAGAGUAAGAGUAAAAGGCAUGAAAGUGGAUCUGCGGGAGAGAAAAAAGAAGACCUUUUAUCAUCCCUACUGGUGGAGAAAGCGGAGAGUAAGAGCAAAGGGGAGUCGAAGCGCAAGUUUGAGAGAGACUCUUCAUCGCGUAGAGAAGGGAAGGAGCCAAAGGAAAAAGAUCGUAAGUCAGAAAAGGAAAAGAAUGGUGGACAUGAGAGUAAAAGUGGUGAUGCUGAGGUAAAGUUAGUGGAUAUGGAUGUUGGGAAGAAGCAGGGGACCCAGUCCGAGGAUUUAGUUGGGGAGAGACAGAGUAAACGAACUCGAGAAAACAAUGGUAAGUCACUUAUCUCAGCAGAUCCGUCUUCUUUGAAUGAUUUGCAAAAUCUAGAAGUGGAUAAGGAUACUGACAAAAAGUUGCGCAAAAAAAGAGAAGGCUCCAGCGAACGAGAUAAAUAUUACAAUGAGUACAAAGAAACUGAGGUGAGACGGUUGUCAUCCAAAGCUGACCGUACGAAGGACUCAAAAUACAGAGACAAGCACAAGGAUGGAGGUUUUGCUGACAAAUGCCAGGAAGACGUCAGGCGCAGGGACGAGAAGUACCGAGAAGAAGCUAACAGGGAUAACAAAUAUCACGACGAAAAAUACCGGGAAGAUGGCGAGAGAGAUUCUAGGCGUAAAGACGACGAACAUCGUGUAGAUGUCAACAAAGACAGCAGGCGCAAGGAUGAAAAAUACCGUGAUAAUGGGGAACGAGAUAGCAGGCGGAAGGACGAAAAGUAUCACGAGGUGGUCGAAAGAAAAAUCCGAAAAGACGACAAGUACCAUGAUGACCGAGACCAUGAAGAUGGUGACAAGGAUGUUAGACGUGGGGACGAAAGGUACUAUGAGGAUAGGGACAGAGAUGACAGGCGUAAGAAUAGUAGUUACAGAGACGACAGUGAUAGAAACUAUAGGCAUAAGGAAGAAAAAUAUCGAGAGGAUACCGAGAAAGACGUUCAAUAUAAGGAUAGUAAGCAAUGGGAUGGAUAUGAUAGAGAGAAGAGAUCGAGGGACUCGAAGUAUAGGGACAAACAUAUCGCGAGAGACCUGUUGGGCGAUAAAUCUGACCCCAAAUGUUAUAGGGAUGAUGGUUAUUCUGUUGAUCACCAUGUUAGGAAAUUGAGCGGUUACGAUGAAAGUCCAACUUACGACGAUCGAGCGGGUAGGUAUCGAGAUGAUCAAGGCAGGAGGAGGACUGGUGAGGAGGAGGAUUACGGCGAUGUUAAGUCCCGAAGUUUGAAGGAUCAAAGAUAUGAUGCUGAAAAGAAAAGUUUUAGCAGUGGAAGGACGGAUCUGGGCAGUGAUGGAGUGAGAUCUACUUCUAGAAAUGUUGAUGUAGAUCUUACAUCUGGCUACAGUAGAAAGCGGAGUUCGCCCACUUCAGGUUCUCAUGCACCGAGGGAUAACUACAGGGGAGAGAAGCAAGAUGAGUCCAAGUACAGAGAUUACAACUAUGAAGAGAGAUCCAGACGCACCAUUAAUUCGUCCUGGGCCAAUGCUGGUGCUGAGAAGACCCCAUCUUGGUCAUCAGAGAAGCUCACCCAAAAAGACGAUGGUGCCCAAUUUGGAGACUUGUCUACUGAAAAGCGCCUCAAGUCUGACAUUCGUUCUUCACCCCUCCCUCUAAUUGACAAAUCCCCAUCAUCGAGUGUUGACAGGAGACAAUUUAUUGCGAGACGAAAUAUCGACGUUGACGAGUCAACCCAACGGAGUAGUGGCGGCUCCAGGGACUGGAAAGACUAUCCUGCUAGAGAAAACAGGACAAACCGUGAAUUUGGCACCGAUAUACACCCUUCAGAAGAUCACCCUCAACAAUCCGAUGCCGACACCUUAUCUAUUUCUUCUCCAUUCACCCGGAACAGUCAUUUCUCCAGCAGCUCAAAGCUGAUGCCCCCUCCGCCUCCUUCCUUAAUGGGCCCGGCUGAGGAUGAUGGCCAUAGAAAGCCCAACAUGCGACACAGGAGGAUGGGCGAGCCCAACAUCGGAAGACUGCAAGUGAAUAAUAAUAAUAAUGCUUGGAGGGGUCUCCCAACUUGGCCUCCCCCAAUGGCCAAUGGAUUUUUGCCCUUCCCGCAUGGCCCGCCACCUGUCGGCUUCCAUUCCGUCAUACAGCCGUUUCACUCCCCUUCAGUGUUUGGCGUCCGGCCUUCCUUGGAGCUGAGCCACCACCCUUCUCCUUACCAUUUGCCGGAUGCUGACCGGUUUGCGGGCCCCGGCCGUCCGAUGGGAUGGCGUAGCCAGCUGGACGACCCCACGUUGCAUGGAUGGGACACGAGUAAUGCUCUGUUUGGGGACGAGCCGCACAUUUUCGGGGUGAGGCAGGAAUGGGACCUCGCUAGGAAUAUUCCUAGCGGUAGAGGCUGGGAGACUAGUGGAGAUAAUAUAUGGAAGGGGGCUAGUAGGACCUCGAGUGUUGAUUUGCCUUCUUACGAGAAGGAGAACAACUCGAUUAGAAGUGGGGAUGAAGAAGCUUUGGGCCAUGAGCCUGUUCAGCUGCCACCGAAUGACCAGAACCUAGCCCAGCUGGCGGACAGCGCUGAUGAUGUUGGGCUUGGGCAGUCAGCUAAGAGUGUUGAAAAGAAUGAUGAAAUUGGAUCUGCUGUUAUUAGUUCGGGAGACAGUGGCGGUGUAGUUGCGGGAAAAGAUGACAUGCCCAUCGGCCAUGUUUACCUUUCGAAGCUCGAUCUUUCGGUGGAUCUUUCUGAGCCAGAGUUGUUUGACAAGUGCGCAGGCUUGAUCGAUGCAGAAGAGAUGAUGUAUCCAGAUGGAGAUUGUUCCAAAAUUUUGUAUAUGGAGGAUGCGGAAUCGAAAAUGUGUUCGCCUGGACUUCUGAGUGUUACCCUGUUUGCAUCUGCUGAUGAUUUAGUAUUCAAGUUAUUGCUUUGUGGAUUGCAUUAUUUUGCCUUCAUGGUGUACAGUGUUAUUCUGAGGAUUUCGAUUUGCAUGUAUAUUUUAGUACCUGUUCUAAUUUUGCCACCACUUGAUCUGCAGAAAUCAAUGUCUCUCUAUAAGAGGCAGAAAGCGAACUUUUGGAGUGAAUAUGGUGAGAAGCCCAAAUCUCCGAUUGAGGUCAUUUCAAAUUCAAACCAAGAAGAUAAAAACAUAAAAGAAGAUAAAACUGAGAAGCUUUGCCCGACAGACCAUAUGCAGCGCUUGGACGACAAAACUGAGGCCUUGCAACAUGAUGCUGGGCAAUCGGCUGGCAGCACUGUUAUAAGUGAAAAUCCUGAAGAGCCUGAUCCUGACAUGGACUUUCAGAAGGAGGACAAUGAUUGCAAGCCUUCACUGGAAGAAAGUGUGGAAAGAUCCGAUGCUCCUUUAAGACAUUCCAAAGAUUUUCCCAUGGGGCCCGGUAUGAAAAACGAGGAACUGGAGUCAGUAGAUGUUAAGUAUGGUCCCUUGCUUAAUUCUGAUGUGUCGCCUGAGGCAUCUGAGGCUGUGAUGCCAGAGUCGGUCAAUUUAAGUCGGAUACAUCAUUCCCCUGAAAGCCACAAAAAUUUCACUAAUUCCACUCCAAAAUCAUUAUCCACACUCCCCAAACACUGCCCAUCCAAGAUCAACCCCAGAGCCAAGUUCAACCUCUCUGAAAUCCUAGGUGGCAGAGGCCUGUGCAAUGGUGAAGAGGGUCUUCAGCAAGAACUGAAAAACGAUAUCUCAAAAGAGGUCCAAAGAACAGCACCAUUACCAUCAUCGUUAUCAUCAUCAGCAGAAGAGAAAAAGACUAGAACUUCUACAAGUACCAGAAAAGCCUUUGAGAAGGAGAUACUAUGCCUGACGGGCGGUUUCCCAGGGGGCGAAAAGGGGCUAAAAAAUUUAAUCGAGAAAAACCCACCUCAGAAAAAAGGGGAGAUUUUGAAGUGUUUGGAGUUUGAUGCGAAGAUGGUGAAAGCAAAAGCGCCAGAGCCUCCUUCUGCUGUUACCGGGCAUGAUUGCUAUCGUCAAGAAUCCGAACAAUCCGUUUUACAUGUACUGUGGGAUUAG